CGUAUACUCGAUAUAUCGAUACUAUCGUGAGUGGUUAACUUAUAGGCCGCAUUAUUUUGUUUUCUUUCAACUUUAACAUUUCAUUUCAAUAUUAUUUUGUUUUUCAAUAGUCCGGCAAUAAGAAAUAAAUCACUGAUUUCUUCCAGUUUUUACCUCGAAAUCGCCGCCUGCUUAGCAUAUCACUGAAUUCGGCAGAUCCUACGUACAUCGAAAAUGUUGAAGCUACGUAACCUCUUGGCCGUCGGCAAAAGCAACAACAACGCUGUCCGCGCCCUGUCCACCACUGGGACAUGCAACGAUUCAGAAUCAUGGAUCUCAAAGCUGCUCGUUCGGAAAAUAGAGCCAACCAAGGAGUCGCACAGUCGAAUGCUGAGCGACAAGGAAAUCAUAUAUGCCUUACAUACGCACAACGUCAGGCCCGAUUCGAUGAGCAACUAUUUAAAUAAUUACAAAACUACUGUGGCUUUGAUUAAUGAGAAAAAGGCAAACCUCUCGUGCGACUUGGUGGCAUCAUGGACCGUGCAGGUGGGGGACAUGGACCAAUGCUUACACCUUUGGAAGUACACAGGAGGCUUUGAGAAAAUAGACCAGGCCAAAGAAGACCUUUGGAACGAUCCAGAGUACCUCAGCUUGAUGCAGGAGCGUUCGAAGUUUUUGCGCUCCCGACAUCUGCAAUAUCUCUUGGCUUUCAGCUACUGGCCGCAGAUUGCCAGUCGUACCGGCAAGAACAUUUACGAAAUGCGCUCAUACCGACUGACCCCUGGCACCAUGAUUGAGUGGGGAAACAACUGGGCCCGUGCCAUUAACUAUCGCAAGCACAACAACGAAGCUUUUGCCGGAUUCUUUUCGCAGAUCGGAAGACUGUACAACGUUCAUCACAUUUGGUGUUACAAAUCUCUGCAAGACCGCAAGGAGACUAGGGAAGCAGCUUGGCGAUCCCCCGGCUGGGAUGAGUGUGUGGCCUACACGGUACCAUUAAUCCGCGACAUGCACUGUCGCGUCCUUGCGCCAACCGAGUUCUCGCCCUCACAAUAAUAAGUGGGCAGCUCAUUUUUCGCGAUCUGAAGCUUACCAACGGCUUGAUCGAAUUCGCUGUGAAACACCGAGAACAUAACUUCGCCUCUUUUCCUGUUGAAUAGUUAUUGUAAAUAAUGCCAGCUAUAUAUGCAAUCAUUUAAUUUUUUUUUUAGUAUAAUUAAGGUCAAAGUGGAAAAUUGUUCCCUCAUUUUUACAAGUCUCUAUGUGUGUAUCACCUACGACCUUUGAAUUUAACAAAAUCAAUUUUGUUUUUAAAAAAUAAAGCAAUUAUGAAACUAU